GUACGUUAAAUACAGUACUGCGACAUCGUUGAACAAAAUUCUACUCGGAUUUCUACAGAUAUGCACCAGUUUCAUUUCACGCUGUUGUUAUUUCUAGAUGAAGAGGUGUUUUUGUUUUGUUUCCUCCAUUUGCAAAUUGUAAUACAAAAUAUUGUUCCGUUAAGUUAUAAAUGCUUAUUGUUACACCCUACUUUGUAACAUUUUAACGGAAAGAGCAAGAUACAAUAGAUAUAAAACAGCGAGUAUAGAACAUCCCUACACUAUACUUUUAUCUGAAAAAUAUUAUUACUUUUAGUUGCAGAAGCGUGGGAAAUGAUUCGUUACGUAAGACGACUUCUAAUUACUGGACCACUUUGUGUUCAUAUGUUAACUUUGAUUUUUUUGUAGUUAAAGAAUUUCCACUGCUUAACUGUGACUGAUUGAUCUUGGAUAUAACAGUACCUAAGACAUAUUGUUUUUUUUUAUUCGUGACACGUCAUAACGGCACAGACAAGAGCAAAUGUUAGCUUAAUUUACAAUAAAAAGCCAAACAGCAUUUUUUCUUUCAUGCCGGUAUUUGUCCAGUUUUAUUGCUAAUUUAUUACGUUCCAUCGCAACAAGACGUCUUAUUUGAUUUGAAGGAGCUAAAAAUCAGAGAUUCCAAUUUCCUGCUUUAAUUUCCUAUUGUAUUGGGAAAUUAACUGCCUCUUGAUAAUUGGUGAGUAAAAGUAGACGAGGACAAUUUUUUAAGUUAAUCUCAUGAUACUGUCCGCAGUUCUUGUUCUUGGAAAUUUACGGAAUAUAUAUAUAACUGUUUUCGGAAUUUACGUUGGUUUAAAGAUUGGAAGAAAGCUGAAAAGAGCGGUGCCCGGAUCUAAAGGAAAACCAAGAAUAUAUAGCAAGGAAAAUGCAAGCGUGGUUCCAGACGCUGGCCACUGUCUGUCUAGUUGCCUGGUUUAUUGUGCCGGCUGUACUCGGAAAUUCCGUGCAGAGAUCGCUCGGUGACGAUGAAAGACAGGAGAUUGCAGCAUUAGCAGCAAGAAUUAUCAAGGUCAUAAUGAGAGACUCUGGUACUUUCUAUACAAAUGGAAAACGGAACGCUGGAACUGUAGAUUCUCUAUAUAAUCUUCCGGAUCUAUUAGGCGUCGGCAGAAGGUGAAGCAAAGCAAUGGGUAGAAGAAAUCUUUGCCAAGACUGAAGUGCCAUUUUCUGCUGCAAAAAGAGACACUUAAAUGAAUAAUAUUUAAAUUAUUUUAUCAAAUAAAGAAAUAUGAGAAUUAGAAUAUUCUUGUGUAAUGAAUGUUCACGAGGCAAUGAUAGAGCCUGGUGUGAUUUAUUUAGAAAUACAAACACAUUUUCUUGUCAACUAGAUUGGCUAACGUUUUAAUUAAGGCGGUUAGUCAGAUUUUGUAAAAACAACAGUUUAACAUCAUAUCAUUUACAUUUAAUUUGGUUCACUUAGCGCUUAUUGCUUAUUAGGGUUUCAUCUGAUGUAUUUUUAAAGCUUGUGUUUUCUAUCCUGCUUGUCAAACCAAGAUUAUUAUUCUAGUAUAAGUCAUAUAGGUAUAAGACUUAUUG